AAUUCACAGAUACCCUUUAGUCUGCAAAGAGCUCAGCUUAAUUCUCAGAGGCGCUUACAGAAAAGUGCCCAAGAAUCUCCAGUCUCUUAUCUUCCAAGAUACCCUCACCGCCUUUCGUCUCCUUCCUGAAAUGAAGACGCGCAGUGCUGUCUCAGCAGCUCACCUCCUCCUCCAGAGCGUUGAGGCCACUUUGCCGAAGCAAAAGAAGAACUUGGCUGUUACAGAAUAUAAGAAUGCAAUGAUUGCUCACAAGAGGCGCGCUAAAGCUCGCCAAGAAGAGAAUGUUGCCCAUCUGCCACAAGAUGUUCUUGUACAUGUAUUCAGUUUCCUGGAUUUUCAAUCUUUAGUCUCUGUUGGGCAAGUCUGCUGGCCAUGGAAUUUUGCAGCAAGUGAUAACCGGCUGUGGCAGAGGCAAUACGCUACGUUCUUUAGGGACUCUUACAAUGACUUGAAUAUCAAGGAACAGCAUACCAGUAGACAGGUUGAAGAUGAUAGUUAUACGAUGUAUUCCUUGCUGGAUCUGUUAAAAGUGCAUUUUGUCACCGGAGAAUCUAAGUUGCAAUUUUACCACUUAUAA